AUGUUUAUCUAUCUAUCUAUCUCAGUUGUGUUCAUGUCUAUCUGUCUAUCUAUCUAUCUAUCUCAGUCUGUUCAUGUCUAUCUCUCUCUCUCUCAGUCUGUUCAUGUCUAUCUCUCUCUCUCUCAGUCUGUUCAUGUCUAUCUCUCUAUCUAUCUCUCUCAGUCUGUUCAUGUCUAUCUAUCUCUCUCUCUCUCAGUUGUGUUCAUGUCUAUCUCUCUCUCUCUCUCUCUCUCUCUCAGUCUGUUCAUGUCUAUCUCUCUCUCUCUCUCUCAGUUGUGUUCAUGUCUAUCUCUCUCUAUCUCAGUUGUGUUCAUGUCUAUCUCUCUCUCUCUCUCAGUCUGUUCAUGUCUAUCUAUCUAUCUAUCUCUCUCAGUCUGUUCAUGUCUAUCUCUCUCUCUCUCAGUUGUGUUCAUGUCUAUCUCUCUCUCUCUCUCAGUUGUGUUCAUGUCUAUCUCUCUCUCUCUCUCUCUCAAUUGUGUUCAUGUCUAUCUCUCUCUCUCUCUCUCUCUCUAUCUCAGUCUGUUCAUGUCUAUCUAUCUAUCUCUCAGUCUGUUCAUGUCUAUCUAUCUAUCUAUCUCUCUCAGUCUGUUCAUGUCUAUCUAUCUCUCUCAGUCUGUUCAUGUCUAUCUAUCUCUCUCAGUCUGUUCAUGUCUAUCUAUCUCUCUCAGUCUGUUCAUGUCUAUCUAUCUCUCUCAGUCUGUUCAUGUCUAUCUCUCUCUCUCUCUCUCAGUUGUGUUCAUGUCUAUCUCUCUCUCUCUCUCUAUCUCAGUCUGUUCAUGUCUAUCUACCUAUCUAUCUCAGUGUUCAUGUCUAUCUACCUAUCUCUCUCUCUCUCACAGUCUGUUCAUGUCUAUCUAUCUAUCUCUCUCUCUCAGUCUGUUCAUGUCUAUCUAUCUAUCUCUCUCAGUCUGUUCAUGUGUACCUUUCAUUCAAUUCAUGUCUAUCUAUCUCAGUCAACUGAUAUAUAUCUAUCUCAGUUCAUAUCUAUCUAUAUAUCAGUCUGUACAUAUCUGUCUAUCUCAGUCUGUUUGA